AUGGACCACGAGGAGUACGGCGGCUCUCUGCCCAGCGCGGCCAUGGCCACCAUGGUGCCGUCGUCCAUGGCAGAUGACGACACACACCUGCAGCAGGCCGCAGGGGUCGGCCCUGAGCACGAGCAGCCGGCGAGCGGCGCCGACGAUGGCGGCGACGGCGACGGCGACGCCGGCGCCGGCGGCGCGCCAGGCGUGGGGGAGGCGCGGCGUCCCACCGUGCUGGCCACUGGCCUUGCAGGCAGCCUGCAGGCGGAUUUUAGCGACUUUCUCGUGUCGGACCUGGAGCCAAGGGCAAAAUUCAUUGACCAGUCCAUCGACUCGAUGCUGGCCGCCGCCAAGAACACAGAGGACGCGGCGCACUCCCAGAAGCGCGCCAUCAACGCAGAUAUCGACAGCCUCACCCGCAUGAUAGCCCAUUUUCAGCAUCAGGUCCAUCAGGUGGGCGCACUCCCCGACACCCGCCGACGGCAGUGUUGA